UCUUUUCAGCUUUUCAGCCAAAUACUUUAUCUGUGUACUUUAUCUAUGGCUAAAUAUCAACUAAAAAAUCAUGAAAUAUCAUAGUGCUUUUAUAAACAUUUAAUAUUGUUGCUAUUUUGGGCUCUAUAUAAUCCAAAAUGAGCACUUAUAAACGGUCAUCGUAUUCAUCAAAAGGUGGAAAGUUCAAUAACAAUGUAAGGGAUAUACUUUUGUCCCCCACAGACAAACCAGAGGCAGUUGCUGAUAUUAAAGAUUUUUCAAAUGUGCCCAUCAUAAAACAAGUCGAGAAUGCAAGAUCGCUACCAAAAUACACCUCACUUUUGUGCCGAGGAGACAGAACAAUAGCUAUGGAUGAUUUGGAUCUAUUACAACAAGAUUUGGAGAAACUAAUGUGUAUCAACGCUUCACGUACAAAAUUCUUUCUAGGGGAAUAUACGAGAACAAAUCAGAAAGAACCAAAUAAUGCUAAAAAAGGCCGUCACAAGACAUCGCUGAAAAGGAAACGUACAGAUAUUAAAGGGACAGAUCGUAGUGAUGGUGGACAUGUCUUGAAAAAGGACCCUUCAAGGUUUUACAAUGAAACUGUUUAUCAGGAAAUACCAAAGAUUUCAACUCCAAAAAGCUACAACUCCGACAAAUUUUGGGCAUCUCUUGAGCCCUAUUGUGCACCUAUUAAUAAAGAUGAUAUAGCAUUUUUAGAUACUUUAAUACAAGAGCUUUCCAAGGAAAUUGAUAGGAAAAUACCUGAAAUUGGUGAACAUUAUGCUACUUCUUGGUCAGAAGAAACUAUUAUUGAUGAGCAAAACUCUGGGAAGUUUCCUUCAAAAAAGACGGCAAGCAUUGAUUUUAAGAAAAAUGAUUUAUUCAGUCUUGUGGAAUCAUUUGGCAAGCAGUUUUGUCAAAAAUUAGCGUGUGAAAACCCAGCACUGAACGUGUUUAAAAAAAGUACAGAAAAUGGUAACAGACUUGACAAAUUAAAAGAACUGGAUUUAUCAAAGUUAAAGCAUAAUAAUGUUCAAAAAGUGGGAGCUUGUCUGGAAAAACGGUUAUUAAAGAAUUUAAUUGAACAUGGGAUAUUGCGAGAAGAUGAAAUCAGCAAGGAUUCGCCUGAAGAUGAAAUUCUAACAGAAAUUCAAGCAUGUGAAAAGGAACUAAUUGCUGUAAAUGAAUAUAACACAGAAGAAUUAAACAAAAUGAAAGCUGCUGUUAUGAAUGAUGUUCACUGUAAUCAGCUUAAAGACGAUCUUGACAAAAUUGACAAAGAAGUGUUAGAUUUAUAUAAUAACAUAAUGGUUACGAGGAAGAAGGCUCUGCAAGAAGAGGGUAAACACUACGACAAGAUCUUCUCCCAAAGCUCUGUAAAUGAAUUCGAAAGAAAAGCCAAUGCGUUGUUAAGGCAACAGCAUGUGUUAAACCGAGAGAUUAACAGUAGUAGAGACAUGGCGAUGCUUUACUGAUGGUUAAAUUCAAUAUAAUUGGGUUCUGAAAGUGUAUCACCAUAGAGAGAUACAUUUAGGAACCUAAUUAUAUUGAAAGAUUCAAAAAAGAUUUGUAAAUUUAGUAGUACUGAACUCUUUAUUUUUAUUUUAUCUCCCCUUUAUUUUUAUAUUUAUACUUUUUACGCAGUAUAUCUUUUAUUUCAUAUUUACAGUAUUGUUCAGGAGAAAAAGUAGUUAAAAUGAUAUAUUUUAUAAUGACUACGUUAUUAAUUUUUUCGCUGUAACCAAGAUACAAAAAGCACCUUUAUUAUUUUUACUUUAUUAAACUUUACACAAAACUCCACCCAUUGAUUAUGUAUACCUAUAUUUAAUGUAAAUAUAUUUUCAACGUUUGUUUUCAUAAUAUAAUAUCAUAACUGUUAUUAGAUUUAGGGGAAUAUAUCAAAUUAUAUAAGCAGAAAUAUGUAGUUGAAGUUAGUAAAAUGAAAUUGUAAUAAAUAUUCAAAUGUUU